AUGAAAGAACCAAACAAUACUAAUCAAAAUUUUGUUGAUCAAAGUAAAUCAUUGACUAAUUAUGAAAGAGUAGAAUAUUAUGAAACUAAUCAAACUAAAGGUAUUGGAAACCAUAUGAGUGAUCCAAUUACUCUGAAUGUUGGCGGAACUCUCUUUACUGUUUCCGUAACCACUUUUAUUAACAAUCCAAUAGAACCAGCCAAUGAAUUUGGUAAAAUAAUUUCUGGUCAACUGUCAAAUGCCAAUCAACCAAUUUUCAUAGAUUGUGAUCCGAAGAUUUUCAAAUUACUUUACAAUUGGUUAAAGUUUAAAAUUGUUGGUGAAAUCACAAGUGACAUCAAACAGGAAUUUCUCUGCACCUGUCAAAUGUUCAACUUUUCAAAAUUACUAAAACAGGAAUCACACAAUUACAAUCCAAUUACCAUGAAAGAAUUCAUCCAAAUGAUGCAAUCAACUCAGCAUAAAGUUUGGUUAAACAGUUAUGACAUGAGAAAGCUAAAAUUGGCAAAAGCUAAUUUGACAGAUUGCACAUUUACUAAUUGUAAUUUUAGUGGAAUGGAUUUACGUGGUAUUGUUUUAGAUAGAUCCAAUUUGAAAGGAAGUGUUUUUAGUGGUUGCAACAUGUCAAAUGCCACUUUGAAAAAUUGCUGCUUGGUAGAAUGUAAUUUUGAAGGUUGUGAUUUGACAAGAACUACUUUAGCCCACUCAAGUAUUACUCGUUCUUCAUUUAAAAGAGCAAUAUUACCGAACAGUGAUCUCUCAUGCUGUAACUUGUCAAAUUCUAAUUUGGAAAAUAUUGAUUUUGACUCAGUUGACUUGACAAAGGCAAUUAUUUGGGAAAGUAAUUUAACUAAUUCAAAGUUAUCAAACUGUAUCAUCAAAGGAACUCAUUUCAAGAAGCUUCAUGUGCCUGGUUUUGAAGCUGUCAAUUGUCAAUUCAACCAAUCAGUAUUUGAAGAAAUGGAUUUCAAUCUCAAAGCCAAAUUUCAACAAUGCACAUUCAAGAGAAUUGAUUUUAGAAAUUCAUUGAGAGAUUUAUCACCUUAUGAAGGAAAUAUAUUCGAUUCUUGCCUUAUUGAUUUUUCAUUAUUCGAAACGAGAGAAAUUAAGGACAUUCGUUUCCAAAAUAUUGACCUUUCCAAUCAAAAUUUGAUUAGAUUUUCAUUUAUUAAUACAUUCUUUGAUCAAUGCAAUUGGAAUGGUUGCGAAUAUGAUUCAUCUAGUUUCGAACAUAUCAAUUCGAAACUAAUUACAGACAAAAACCUAAUCAGAAAUCUCAUUUCUCUCACAAAAAGCAAGCCAACUAUCGAACUUCUUUAUAGAGCUACCAGAGAUGGAUUUAGUGCGAAAAACUUCCAUGAAAAAUGUGACAACAAAGGUCCAACUCUGUCACUAAUCAAAUCUGAACAUGGUAAUAUAUUUGGAGGCUACACAUCUGUUAGUUGGCAAUCACCAGAAAAUGCAACCUACUUUCCAGAUGAAUCUGUCUUCCUUUUUAAGGUAAUUGAUGUAAAUGGUCAACUAGAAUUGAAAGUGUUAAAACUUCAAAAUGGAAAACAAAGUAAUUCAGUACUCAUGAGAGAUAUUUAUUCAGUUUCGUAUGGAUUUCCUUGUGAUUUGUAUAUUUGCAAUGAGAGUGCUACAGGUGAUUAUUCUUAUUCGAAUCUUGGAGGAUCUUUCGAAUUGCCUGAGGGAAUUGUGGAAGGAAGUCAACAAGCUGGAAAUUAUUUACAUGGUGGAACAAGAAAUAAUUUCAAAGUUAAGGAAAUUGAGGUUUUCAAGAUUAAUUUAUAA